UGUAAUUAAUUUCCAUAGGGCAUUUAUUAUUUUUAAUGUUACGUAGUAUUUUUAAAAUCUUUUUUUCUGUCAGUUGGGGCUAAAUUACUGUUUUGAAAAGAGCACCUAUUCUCCCAACUCUUCCUUCUGGCCCUCCGUUCGGAAGGCGCUGCCACGCCGCCCCAGCUUGGAGACAGGUGGGCGGGCGCCCGGGCGUAUCUCUCCAAAGCCAGGGCGCCCCUACGGCCUUAUCAUCCGCUUGCCAAGCCGAGGCGGGGCGCCGUGCACGCCCGGAUUCCCUCGCCGAGGCGCCGCCAGCUUACGGGCAGGCUUCCGCCGCAGGGGCUCCCCCGGUCUCUGGUGUGCCCUGCGGCUUUCGCGGCUGGUGAGCCAGGCCCCGGCCAAGCACGGGGGUGGCGAGGGGAAGCGGUGGGACUUGAGCGCCCAUCAUCCCCGACCUUCGCCUAGGCGGCAAAUUGAAGGAGCCCGUCCCGCUACCGGAAGACAAACGGAAGUGACGACAGGCUGCGGCCAACAGAAGAUGACGAUCGCGCAGGCGCCGCGGCCGGGUGUCAAAGGGCGAUGGGCCCUCUCUCCUUUCGGCUCCCACUCUACGGUGAGGCGGCUGCGCGGGCGAGAGCAGCAGCAGCAGCAGCAGCAGCAGCAUGGGAGACACCUCCAGCCCCGUCAGCGUCAUCCUGGAACAUCAAGAAGUAGGUAUGCGGUGAACAGUAUUGGUGACAAUGUAGAAGAUCCAGAUGGAGAUUCCAGAGAGCCCUGUCCUCUCACUGAUGAGCAGGUGGUGUCAGGGUUUUCGGAUGUCAUUCUGGCAACAAUUCUGGCUACUAAAUCGGACAUGUGUGGCAAAAAGUUUGAGCUGAAGAUCGAUAACAUUCGUUUUGUUGGGCACCCAACUCUGUUGCAGCAUGCCUUUGGCCAGGUGUCAAAGACAGAUCCUUCUCCAAAGAGGGAAAUGCCCACCAUGAUUCUCUUCAACGUGGUGUUUGCUUUACGGGCCACUGCGGACCCCUCCGUGAUCAGCUGCCUGCAUAACCUCUCCCGGCGAAUCGCCAUUGUGCUUCAGCAUGAAGAGAGACGCUGCCAGUAUCUGACCAGGGAGGCCAAACUCAUUCUGGCCAUUCAAGAUGAAGUUUCAGCCAUGUCAGAAACAAGGGAUGGGCCUCAGUCGCCCUUCCCUCACAUCCUUCCCAAGUGCAAGCUGGCCAGAGACCUUAAAGAGGCUUACGACAGUCUGUGCACAACAGGGUUGGUCCAACUACAGAUCAACAACUGGCUGGAAGUGAGUUUCUGCCUGCCUCAUAAAAUCCAUGAUGUGGCAUCCAGUUUCAUCCCUCCAGAAGCCAUUGAAAGAAGCUUGAAGGCUAUUCGGCCUUACCAUGCCUUAUUGCUGCUUAAAGAUGAGAAGUCCCUCCUCAGCGAACUGCCCCUGGAUUGCUCCCCUGCCCUAGUGCGAGUGAUCAAAACGGCCUCUGCGGUGAAGAACCUUCAGCAGCUCGCUCAGGAUGCAGACCUGGCCUUGCUCCAGGUCUUUCAGCUGGCUGCCCAUCUGGUCUACUGGGGCAAGGCCCUCAUGGUCUAUCCGCUGUGUGAGAACAAUGUCUACAUGCUGUCCCCCAAUGCCAACGUCUGCCUUUAUUCCCCUCUGGCAGAGGAGUUCUCCUCUCAGUUUCCAGGCCAGGACCUGCCCGCAGUUCUGUCCAAGUUCUCCUGGCCAGUUUCUCUGUCUGAGCUCAAGGACCCUCUUGCUCCAGCGAUUCAGGAGACGCAUCUCAUCCGGAUGGUGGCCUGGAUGCUCCAGCAUCGGCUUCUCAUUCAGCUGCACAGCUACGCCUGCCUAAUGGUUCCCCCAAAGGAGGAGGAGGAGGAGGAGGAGGAAGAAGAGGAGGGUUUUCGCACCAGAGUAGAAGAGCUGUCCUUUCCAGCCCGAGUUGGGGGCCGAAGCCUCAGCACUCCUAGCGCACUCAGUUUUGGUUCUCCCACUAGCAGUGACGACAUGACCCUGACGAGUCCCAGCAUGGACAACUCUAGUGCAGAGCUGUUGCCUGGGGGGGAGUCUCCCGUGAACAAACGCAUGACGGAGAACCUCCUGACCAGCCUCUCGGAACACGAGCGCGAAGCCAUUCUCAGUGUCCCUGCAGCUCACAAUCCAGACGAUCUGCGCAUGUUUGCCAGGCUGCUGCACUAUUUCCGUGGACGGCAUCACUUGGAGGAGAUCAUGUACAACGAAAACAUGCGCCGCUCCCAUCUGCUCAUGCUCUUUGACAAGUUCCGUAGCGUGCUGGUGGUGACGAACCACGAGGACCCUGUCAUCUCGGUCUUUCAGUCCCUCCAUAAAUGAGGAGAGGAAGCUUGCUUGGAGCCAGGAAGGACCCGGAUGGAGGCCAGAUGCUGCUCCCGGGCCUGAGGAAGCGCCUCCUGUUGGACACUACAGGAACGCCCUUCCCAGGGUCGCUUUCUGGCGGUUUUGCACUCUGUCCCCUUGGGAGCUGCAGCCUUCUUUGGAGGGAAGGAGGGCUUUCAGGGAUGGGGCUCAGCAGAGUGUGGGCUUCCUACCCCAAAUUGUGGAGGCGGGAAAGAAGCUGUUCUUUGACUUUUGAAAGCAGGAAGAGUACGGAGACCCAGGGAUGAGCCCAAGGACUUCUGCCACAGGUGAAGCAGUGGGUUCACAGCCCACCCACCCUGCCCCCUACGAAUUGAGACAUUGAAGGGCGUGUCUGUCUGCUUAAGCCCUACCCAUUCUGGCACUGCCAGCUCAAUUGUCCUGGGUGAGGAGGGGGCUGUUCUAGUAAAGAGGGCCUGGGGCCGUGCACUUCCCUUCUUGCUGAUUGCACUGGGCAUUUGGCUCCACUGGAAGAGAGCAAAACAUGUUUAUUUACAUACAUAAAUCUGAAACGGCCCUUCUA